AUGUCUGAUUCCGAACCCAUUGUUCAUUUGGCUUUCUUAACAAGUGCUGGAAUGGGCCACCUUAACCCAUGUCUUAGAAUAGCAGCAUUGUUCCUCAAACAUGGUUGUAGAGUCACUCUCAUCACUCCCAAACCCACAGUUUCUCACGCUGAAUCAAACCUCAUCUCUCGCUUUUGUUCUUCUUUCCCAAACCAAGUAACCCAAAUAGACUUAAACCUAAUCCCUUUGGAUGAUCCGAAUAAUGUUAAUACCAACGACCCUUUCUGGCUUCAGUAUGAAACCAUUCGCCGUUCUGUACACCUUGUAGUUCCUAUACUCUCCUCACUCACACCAACCCUCUUGGCUUUCAUCUUUGAUGUUAGUUUAAUUUCCCCUUUGGUUCCAAUCAUUGAGAAACUCUCUUGUCCAAGUUACAUUUACUUCAUUGCACCGGCUAGAAUGUUCUCUUUUUUUGCACACCUUUCGGUUCUUGCUGCUUCAAAUCCUGGUGCAAACCCUUCUUCAUUCAUUGGUGAUGUUGUUAACAUCCCUGGGAUUUCAUCACCAAUACCAAGAUCCUCAAUCCCUCCUUUGCUUAUUCAACCCAACUCUCUCUUUGAGAACAUAUUCAUGGAGGACAGUCCCAAACUCACAAAGCUCAAUGGAGUUUUCAUCAACACGUUUGAACAAAUAGAAGCCGAGGCACUGGCAGCUCUCAACGAGGGAAAAGUGGUUAAAGGGUUGCCCCCAGUGUAUGAUGUUGGUCCCUUAAUGGCUUGUGAGUUUGAGAAGGUAGAUCAAGGUAAAGAGGGUUGCAUGAGGUCCAUAAUGAAGUGGCUUGAUGAACACCAUAAAGGGUCAGUGGUGUAUGUUUGUUUAGGGAAUAGGACUACAACAAGAAGGGAGCAAAUAAAGGAUAUGGCUUUAGGAUUAAUAGAAUGUGGGUAUAGUUUUUUGUGGGUGGUGAAGUUGAAGGUAGUUGAUAGAGAGGAGGAGGAGGAUUUGGAGGAUGUGUUAGGGAGCGAGAUGAUGAAUAAGGUGAGGGAAAAGGGUAUGAUUGUGAAGGAAUUUGUGAAUCAAAUGGAGAUUUUGGGUCACCAUGCAAUUGGGGGGUUUGUGAAUCAUGGUGGGUGGAACUCAAUUAUGGAGGCUGUGUGGCAAGGAGUCCCUAUUCUUUCAUGGGCUCAAAAUGGGGAUCAAAAGAUAGCCUCAAAGGUGGUGAAUAUGAGUGGUGUUGGGGUUUGGCCUGAGGAGUGGGGCUGGGGAGCAGAAGAGGUUGUGAAAGGGGAAAAAAUUGCUAAGGGAAUCAAAGAGAUGAUGAGCAAUGAAUCUUUGAGGGUCAAAGCUAGAGAAAUGAAAGAAGCAGCCAGGAAUGCUCUUGGGGUUGGUGGGAGUUGUGAGGUGAUACUUCAAAGGCAAAUUGAGAAAUGGAAGAAGAAUGUUUGAGGUACCAGAAUAUCAGCUGUAUUUCAAUAUCACAGCCCUUUUUUUCACUGAAAAUAAUUAUAUUAUGACUGAGAACA